AUGCUGCACAAUGGCGUUGCCCGCCCUACCGCUUUCAUCUGGGAGCCAGAGCCGGAGGAGCAGUGGGGCGACGAGAGCGAUAGCGAAGAGAGCGACGACGGAGACGAGUACGGCGAAGCCGACCGUGAGAAGGCACGAUCCGCUAACCCAGACGGGUACUGGGGCACCGAUCGCAUACGCCGUGUCCUGCGCGAGCAGACCUUUCAGUACAUGAACACCGCUCUCGGCACCCGCGCCUGGCGGCAUGCCUACCCAGCCAUCCACCGAGAGCUGGCAAGAGAUGGACAAGCACGCGACUGGUUGGAAGUGCUCUACUGGAACAAAGCGCCGGCGAAGAGCAACGCGCAAGCGUUGCAGUCCGGCCACAGCCUUAAAACAGAGGAGGGCAACUACGGCCGCUCCAUGAUGGAGUCUCCCUUUCAGACCAUGGCCGAGCGGGAGGAGUUCCGGCGGGUGAGCAUGGACUGGCAUCGCGUGCUGGAGUUUGCAUCCGCCUGGGAGGACGGCCGCAUGCACCCCGGUGUUCGCGCGGAGAUGGUAGCGCAGCAAGAGAAGCAGGCGCUCCAGCGCUGGUCGUCGCUCGCGAUGGUGGACCUCAAGGCAGAGUUCAGGCGACUCGCUGGACGGCCGGACGCCGAGUAUCGUGGCAAGCAAGAAGAAAGCCUCGAGGCUGUGAUGCAGCGACGGCUGCGCGUGCUAGUUGUUAUGGCUACCGGCACCGGCAAGAGUAUGCUGUUCAUGCUGCCCGCGUCCGUCUCGCCAGGCGGCGUCUCCGUGGUCGUGGCUCCGUUGAAUGCCUUGCGAGACGAUCUGCAAGAUCGCUGCGACCAGCUCGGCAUCCCCUGCGCGAAGUGGGAUGGAAGAAGACCGCCGUACUGGGCUCGUAUUGUGCUGGUGACGCCUGAGAGCGCAGUCACGAAGGCGUUCGGCAGGUUCAUUAACGAAAAGCGCAUGCUCCAUCAGCUAGAUCGUAUCGUGAUAGACGAGUGCCACGUGCUGCUGGAGUCGACACAGGACUGGCGGCCAGACCUCCUCAAGAUGGUGGAGAUGACGGAGAAGGGCACACAGGUUGUCUACCUGACUGCAACCUUGCCGCCCACGCUGCAGCCCGCCUUCUUGCACACCGCAGGGCUCGAUGCCCAGACCGUAACCAUAUGCCGCGAUGAACGCACCACGCGAACGAACAUUGCGUACCAGGUGCUAGAGUACACACGUGGCACGCUAGAAAAAGUACUUAUUAAGCUCGUGGCUGCGAAGAGGAGUAGGUACGGACCCAAGGCGCAGAUCAUCGUCUAUUGUCCAACUGUGGACGAGACGAAACGGCUUGCGAAGCUUCUGCAGUGCUCUGCAUACUACCGUCAGAUGGGCUCAGACGAGGAAAAGGCACGCAUGGUGCGAAGCUUCACCCUGGGCAUAGAGAAGCUUUGUACAGCCACGAACAUGCUAGGUCUUGGGCUCGACGCUGCAGGCGUCCGGGUGGUGAUCCACGUUGCCAUGUGUCCCCUGCUGCUCCAAUAUGUGCAAGAGAGCGGCCGGGCGGGACGAACGGGGCUCGACAGCGAGUCUAUUGUUAUGAGAGCGUGCUAUGUAACGAAAGAGGGAGGGUAG